AUGGCUGCACAACACAAAUCAGACACGGUCUUCACGCCCCUCGCACCCCCAGAUAAACACCCCUUAUUCAAAUACAACGGCUUCCACCCCGGUGCAGUGCAAACUCUUCCCAAGGGCCAUGUUAAAGAGCCAGGUUAUCAAGCCUUCCCAGUGGAUGUGAUCUGGGAACGAGACCAGGCGAUCUCUAUGAGAGACGGCAUCAAGUUAUACGGCGAUGUCUUCCGGCCCGCGGAAGGAGAAGAAGUCCCUGCAAUCAUCCCAUGGAGUCCAUACGGAAAGUCCGGAACCGGGACAAUGGAUUAUGACAAUAUGGGGCCAUUCCGAAUUGGGAUCCCAUAUCAGCAGCUGAGCGGAUACGAGACUUUUGAGGGUCCCAACCCCGCGGAAUGGUGCUCGCGAGGAUAUGCUGUUGUAGACAUUGACGCUAGAGGCUCGGGGAAUUCUGAGGGAAACCUCAUGUUCUGGGGAGAACAGGAAGCAACUGAUAUCUACGACUCGAUCACCUGGAUUGCCAGCCAACCGUGGUGCGAUGGCUCCGUGAUUAUGAUGGGCAACUCGUGGCUCGCCAUCUCGCAAGUUAACUUUGUCUCCCGAUUCACCCAUCCCAGCCUCAAAGCUAUCGCACCAUGGGAGGGUCUCACGGACCCCUACGUCCACCAGAUUUGCCGCGGUGGCAUACCACACGGCGCCUUUUUCGAGAUGAUUCUUAAAGGGCUAGCAGGAUUUGGCGGCGCCGAGGCCAUCGGUGCUCUGCUAGACACUCAUCCUCUGUUAGAUUCAUUCUGGAAGGCCAGGCAGAUUCACACCGAAAACAUACGCGAGAUCCCCAUGUACCUGACCGCGUCAUACUCGACGGGUCUUCAUUGUGAAGGAUCCUUCCGGACGUUCGAAACAGCGCCAACACAGCGGAAAUGGCUCCGUGUGCGCGCUACCCAGGAAUGGCACGAUAUCUAUCGUCCCGCAGUGAUAGACGACCUGCAGCGGUUUUAUGACUUUUAUGCUAAGGGAAUCCAGAAUGGAUGGGAGACGGAUACACCGCGGGUUCGGCUGAGCUUGUUAGGCUACGAUGGGAGUCCAACGAGAACAAUCGAGGAGAGACACGAGACGGAGUGGCCGCUUUCUCGUCAGAGAAACGUGAAAUAUUUCCUCGAUGCUACUGGGAACUCCCUCGUCACUGCUCAGCCUACGUCUAGCGGGGAGGUCAGCCAUGAAGGACACUCCCUAACCGCAUCAUCCGAUUUUACCCUCUACUUUGAUAAAUACACCGAACUGAGCGGUCGCCCCUUCGUCAAGCUCUACAUGUCCACCACAGCAGGCACAGACUUUGACGUAGUCGUGCAAAUCCGCAAGAUAUCGGCCACAGGAGGGCUGCUCGAAUCGCUUAAUUGGUCUCCCAUGCCCAAGCCAGCUCCUCAGGUUCCAGACGUCAACAUUGCAAAGCACCUCGGUCAACAGGGCAUGCUGCGCGCUUCGCACCAUGUCAGUUUGCGUCCUCGCCAGAGCGAGGAUGAAUUCCCCGUCUAUGACCAUGACUCCUGGCAGGAUAUUACCCCUGGAGAAGUGGUACCGCUGAAGAUUCCAAUCUGGCCCGUUGGAAUCGUGUUCGAAGCUGGGGAAGGGCUGAUGCUGCGAGUGUCAGGGCACGACAUGUCCCUUCCAGAGACGGAGAUCAUGAGGUUGACUGCCCCGGUUGAUGAGAAUCAGGGUGUGCAUACGGUUUAUACUGGAGGGGAGACGGGUAGCUAUCUUGUUCUUCCUGUUAUUACCGAGUAA